AUGUUCCUUAAAAAUAAUUUUGGUAUAAAUUUACAUUAUCACAGUGACGCAACCAAAUCCACAGAUUCGUUUUCGGAGUUUGAGGAGAUGUGGUUACAAAUGGGGGAGGACUUAGAAAAGUCAGCAUUCGGACCUCCUUACAUUCCAACCCCUCCCUCUCCAAGCUACCAUACAACAUUUAGGACAAUUGCUAAAGAAGAUGAGUCAUUAAAAAGACCCUCAAGUCCUACACCAGAAAACCAGGUUGACAGCAGUAGUUCUGAUGCAGGCAGAUUCAGUCACGUGGAAGACUCCAUUCUGACUAAUCUGAGGAGAACAAACCCUGUAAAAUUACAACAGCUGGAAAACAGAAUGAGGGAACCAGGCCUAGGACAAGUCACGGUCUCAGAUUUUAAAGAACAGUUUGAAAUUGUACAGAGUCUGAUGACCAGAGUUGAAAACGAUUGUGCGCAAAUGAAGAUAAUCAUGAACUUCAUUGAAGACACCUUGAUUAAAAAAAAGAGCUGUGUAAAAAGGGUCAAGUUCACGACCUUGUAG